AUGAGCGACGAACCCACGCCCACGCGCGACGACCAAUCGCCCGCCUCGUCGUCCGCGUCUUCGAUUGACGACCACGAGAUUCACGCACCGGUGCCCAAGAGACCUGCGCUGCCUAGCCGUAAAAGCAGUGGUACCCUUAUUGUGCCAAGCGGCUCUGCCCAGAUCGGACCAGUACCACAACAUCUCCAACCCGACGAUGCGAGGGCAAUGAGUCCACGGAGAACGAGCGAGGACCUCGAGAACAUGGGGCGCCAGGCGCGCGAGGAGCUCCACAGACAUGCUCGCGCGCUGCAAGAGUCCCUGCUCCUGAUCUUCAACCGCAUAGAGGCUGUCAAAGAAGAGCACGACAAACUGGACAACAACAACAAGUUCCUGCAGAAGUACAUUGGCGACCUUAUGAGCACGAGCAAAAUCACGGCUACUGCGAGCCGUGGCCGGAAGUGA